AUGGGCGUAGAGAAGCUCGUUAUUAAGCCGGGCAACGGUAUAGACUACCCGAAGAAACACGAUGAAGUCUCUAUGGAAUACACUGGUUGGUUAUUUGACGACGAUGCUCCGGACCACAAAGGUGGACAAUUCGAUACUUCUGUAGGUCGGGGUGACCUGAUUACUCCCAUCGGCGCAGGCCGAGUUAUCAAAGGGUGGGACGAGGGCAUUCUGGGCUCCGCAGAAGCGUCACCCAUGACGCUGGGAGAAAAGGCAACUCUGAUCAUAACACCUGACUAUGCAUAUGGUCCUCGGUAA